AUGAGUAAUCCAUCAGCCACUGAGGAACAAAAUCGUUUACCAAAAGAUGGACUUGUUGUUCAAACAAUGCUUCAAGACAUGGGUAUAACAAAUUAUGAACCAAAAUUAAUUCCAAUGGUUCUUGAUUUUAUGCAUCAAUAUACAACAGAUGUUUUAGAAGAAGCAAAAUUAUUUUCAAUUCAUGCAGGACGAAAACAAGUUGAACUUGAAGAUAUUAAAUUAGCUUGUCAAAAUUGGGCCGAAGAACAUUCGACAAUGCCAUCAAAAGAUACUUUAACUGAAUUAGCAAAGGGAAAAAAUCGAAAUGCAUUACCACCUAUAAGAAAUUUUUCUGGUCCACGUUUACCAGCUGAUCGAUUCUGUUUAUUAGCACCUAAUUAUAAAUUAAAAGAUACAUCAAAUGAACAUUCAACAAAUCAAUCAACACAACAAUAUGGUACAUCUAAUGCUCCACCAUCAUCAACAUUUAUAACUAAUGAUAACAAUGCAUCAAGAGGACAAAUAACAAUAACAACGGAUAGUGGAAGUUUUGCUUCGAAUGAUUUAUUUUCAUCAUCAAAUUCAACGAAUAAACGAAAAAUGAAUGAUUCAGAUGAUGAAGAUGAUAACUAUGAUAUGUAA